GGCGCCCCCUGCAUGCCGGCCUGUCCCGUCGCCGGCGCGGGGCUUGACCGGAGGUGGCUGCCGGGCGCCCUGCUGCUCUCGCCACCCCCUCUGACGCCGGAGGCCGGGGUGGUCGCGGGUCCGUCGGAGCAGGGCCGUCCGGCAACCGGAGGAGGAGGCCCGCACCAUGGCAGCCCGGCUGGGAGCCCUCGCCGCGUCGGGGCUCUACCGGCGGCGCCAACACCGGCAGAGCCCGCCGCCCGCCGCGCCGGGCAACAUGUCCAACGCCUUGGCCAACGCGGCAUGCCAGCGCUGCCAGGCGCGCUUCGCCCCUGCCGAGCGGAUCGUCAACAGCAAUGGGGAGCUGCACCACGAGCACUGCUUCGUGUGCGCCCAGUGUUUCCGGCCGUUCCCCGGGGGGCUCUUCUACGAGUUCGAAGGCCGGAAGUACUGCGAACACGACUUCCAAAUGCUCUUUGCUCCGUGCUGCGGAUCCUGCGGUGAGUUCAUCAUCGGCCGCGUCAUCAAGGCUAUGAACAGCAACUGGCACCCCGGGUGCUUCCGCUGCGAGCUGUGUGACGUGGAGCUGGCUGACCUGGGCUUCGUGAAGAACGCAGGCAGGCACCUGUGCCGGCCUUGCCACAACCGGGAGAAGGCCAAGGGUCUGGGCAGGUAUGUCUGUCAGCGGUGCCAUCUGGUCAUCGAUGAGCAGCCCCUUAUGUUCAAGAAUGACGCCUACCACCCGGACCACUUCAGUUGCACCCACUGCGGGAAGGAGCUGACUGCAGAGGCCCGAGAGCUGAAGGGUGAGCUCUAUUGCCUGCCCUGCCAUGACAAGAUGGGCGUCCCCAUCUGUGGGGCCUGUCGCCGGCCCAUUGAGGGCCGUGUGGUCAACGCACUGGGCAAGCAGUGGCACGUGGAGCACUUUGUCUGCGCCAAGUGUGAGAAGCCAUUCCUGGGGCACCGGCACUACGAGAAGAAGGGCCUGGCCUACUGUGAGACCCACUACAACCAGCUCUUUGGGGAUGUCUGCUAUAACUGCAGCCAUGUGAUCGAGGGUGAUGUGGUGUCAGCGCUCAACAAGGCCUGGUGCGUGCAUUGCUUCUCCUGUUCCACCUGUAACAGCAAGCUCACCCUGAAGAACAAGUUUGUGGAAUUCGACAUGAAGCCUGUGUGUAAGAGAUGCUAUGAGAAGUUCCCACUGGAGCUGAAGAAGCGGCUGAAGAAGCUGUCGGAACUGGCCGCGCGCAAGGCCCAGCCCAAGUCCGUGGGCCUCAACUCUGCCUGAGCGGCUCCUGCCCGCCCUCCGCCUCCACCCCAUCCCUUCCUGCUGGUGCCCCCUGCCCUUCGCUGCCUCCACUCCUCAUCUCCGCUCCCUGUCUGUGGCCUCCCCCCGCCUUCCUUCCUUCUGCCCCUCCUCCUCUCCUGUACCUCUUCCCCCCUCCCCUUCUUUCCCUCCCCCACCUCGUUCCCCUGCUCUCUUUGCUCACCACCCCCUGUUUUGCCCCUACUCCCUCCUCCCCAGGCCUCUCUUCUCUCCCUUGCUGUGGGCUCCUCUCUUUCCUUCUGUGCAGUCAUGGGGCAGAUGCAGGGCCCUUGAGCCUGUGACAGGCCUGUGCCCACAAGCCUUAGCUCCAGGUUCUCCGUGAGUGAAUUAGGGCCUGGGGUCACCUGGCCCUGGUCAUGGGCCACUGCUCCCAGCCCCGCUCAUCCAGACCUGUCCCAUUCCUUCAGGGGCACCCAUUAGCUCACAUCCUUCUGUGGGAGCUUGGCCAGCCUCCACCCCAUAGUGGUCCCACUGUGCACACAUGGCCCUGGGGAGGCCACAGCCAGGCAGCUGCUCCAGCCCCGUGACCCUGGCCAUGAGGAGGGGGGCCUCUGGGGAACCACCCUUUGACCCUUGGUGACACACUCACCCAACCAAGUAGGAUCCUUGUGCUUAAACCGCAACUGCACCCCACAAAUCAUUCUCGGAGGGACAAGGACCCCCCCACUCCCACCAUCACUCAGGAGUCCUCCUUCCUGAAAUCUGGCCUUGGCCACUCCACCCUGGGCCAGGGGCCACUGUGGCUCCCUGAAGCUCCUCUGUGGUCCCCGCAGCACCUCGGGCUCCCUGCUGCCUACACCCCCCCCCCCGCCCCACCAAGGGCACAUGCUGAUUCUCUGGGUGCAGCUGACCGGGGGCCAGAAGGUAGUGAGGUUGGGUGGGUGACUCAUUCUGACCCUCCAGGGCCAGCACAGGAACUGGUGCUUGCAUGAUGAAUGAAGGCUUACUUAGACGA